GUCAGGAGCAUGCGCAGAGCACGACCCGCACACAGGCACGCGCGGCCCCGCACUAUGGAUCCUGUAAGGCAGAAGCUUCACCCUGACCCUGAUGUCAGGAAUAAUUCAGAAACCGACCCAGGAGCUGAGGCCUACCUAGACUUUAUGAAGAAACACUGCUGUUACGAUGCCAUUCCCACCAGCUGUAAACUCGUUAUUUUCGACACGGCUCUGCAGGUUAAGAAAGCCUUCUUCGCAUUAGUGUCGAACGGGUUACGAGCAGCACCGCUGUGGGACAGCAAACUGCAGAGGUUUGUGGGUAUGCUGACGAUCACCGACUUCAUCACCAUUCUCCAUCGCUACUAUAAAUCGCCCAUGGUUCAAAUUUACGAGCUGGAGGAGCACAAGAUUCAGACAUGGAGAGGUGAUGCUUUUCAAAACAUUUACCUGCAGUACUAUAAUCAAAAUCUCAUCAGCAUCAAACCUGAAGCCAGCCUUUUCGAUGCGGUUUAUUCCUUACUGAAGCACAAAAUCCACCGCCUGCCAGUCAUCGACCCCAAAUCUGGCAACGUCCUGCACAUUUUAACCCACAAGCGAAUUCUCAAAUUCCUGUAUCUAUUUAGAGCCACGAUCCCAACUCCACGAUUUCUGCAGAGGAAAAUUAAAGAGGCAGGUGUCGGGACAUUUCGAAACAUCGCCACCAUACAGCAGACGGCCACCGUGUACGACGCAUUAUCCAUUUUUGUAGAGAGACGAGUAUCUGCUCUGCCUGUGGUGGAUGAAAAUGGUAAAGUAGUGGCUCUAUACUCGAGAUUUGAUGUAAUAAAUCUGGCGGCGCAGAAAAGCUACAACAACCUGAGCAUGACCAUGAAUGAGGCGCUGAAGAGGCGGCGCUGUUUCGUCGAGGGAGUUAUCAAGUGUUACCCUGAUGAGACCUUAAAAACCGCUGUUGACAGAAUCGCUGAUGCAGAGGUUCACCGGCUGGUUCUGGUGGACCAAGAAGACGAGACGGUUCGAGGCAUCAUCUCCCUCUCAGAUCUUCUCCAGGCCAUGAUUUUAUCUCCAGCGGGCAUCGACGCUCUGCUGGCUUAGCCCUAACGUGGCGGGUCCACUCCUCACCCUGAGUUCACUCGCUUCCUUCGUCUCCUCCAUCACGGGCCACAGAUGUUGCAGAGUGACGAGCCAUUAUGACCUCUUAGUCUCUCUCUCUCUCUGUCUC